CCCGCCGCGCCGCGUGCUCCGCCUCUGUCUCCGCUACCUCUAUAAACCCCGCCCACUGGACACGGCCGUUCCAUUUCCCGUUUCCCGAUUCAAGUCAGCGGUUUAGGGUUCGAGAUCUCCAGCAUCGCAGCAGGCAUGGCGGCAAGCAUGUUUAGUACUGUCAAGGUUAGCAAUGUGUCCCUGAAAGCAGCACAGCGUGAUAUAAAGGAAUUCUUUUCUUUUUCUGGUGACAUUGUGCAUGUUGAAAUGCAAAGUGGCGAUGAGCUGUCUCAAGUUGCCUACAUUACUUUUAAAGACAAUCAAGGAGCUGAGACGGCAAUGCUUCUCACGGGGGCCACGAUAGUUGAUAUGGCUGUCAUUGUCACGCCUGCCACUGAUUAUGAGCUACCAGCUUAUGUUUUAGCUGAUCUAGAGCCCAAAGACACAAAACCUUCUGCCCUCCAAAAGGCCGAGGACAUUGUUGGGACCAUGCUGGCGAAAGGAUUUAUCCUUGGUAGGGAUGCACUGGACAAAGCAAAAGCUCUGGAUGAGAAGCAUCAGCUCACAUCAACUGCUACUGCUAGAGUAUCUUCCUUCGACAAGAGAAUCGGUCUAAGUGAGAAGAUCAGUGUUGGUACUUCAGCUGUCAAUGAUAAAGUGAAGGAAAUGGAUCAGAAGUACCAAGUCUCUGAGAAGACAAAGUCAGCACUGGCAGCUGCUGAACAGAGCGUCUCGACUGCUGGAUCCGCCAUCAUGAAGAACAGAUAUGUCCUCACCGGGGCAGCAUGGGUAACUGGUGCCUUCAGCAAGGUGACCAGUGCAGCCAACGAUGUUGGUGCAAAGGCUAAGGAGAAAAUAGCAGCUGAGCAGGAGCACAAGAUUGUUGAGGGUGGGUCUGCAGCACAACCAGACAUCCCAGAAGGCCCAGCAACACACAGGGAACUGGACGGUGAAUUUGCAAAGAUACAUGUGUCUGAAACCCCUGACGAUAUCCCCAUCUCCACUGUGGCGACUGUCCCUGCUGUUAUCGAUGAGGAGCCCAGCAAGGCGUCUCCACCCGCUGAUGCUCCUAAAAAGCCGGAACCUGCUCAGGGAUUGAUACUAUGAUAUGAUUCGGGGCCCCAUACAUGUGUGUAAAUAGACAUGAUAUGGUUAUUGAACUCAUUUCUAGUGUUGUGGUUGAAACCUCUUUGAAGGUUGAAAGUUAUUGGGACCUAAAAGAGUUUGCAAUUUGUUACUCGACACUUUUAUCAAUAUAUCAUUAUCAUCCUGCAGUGGGAACAUGAAACAUAGUGGUUGUGUUGUUA